AUGCGCACCCAACUUUUCAUCAACAACGAAUAUGUGGACGCUCAAAAUGAAGAAACAUUGGCUGUCUACAGCCCCCACGACGAAUCACUUGUAGCAGAUCAGCUUCAAAUCGCCGGUCAGGAAGAUGUGGAUAAAGCUGUUGCAGCAGCGCGAGCAGCUUUCCACGGAGAAUGGUCUAGAUGGGUACCGGUGCAAAGAUCGGCAGUCAUGCUAAAGUUUGCGGAUCUCGUCGAACAGCAUGCUGAUGAGCUAGCUCUUUGGGAAAGCAAGUGUAUGGGCCAGGCCAUCUCUACCACGAAAGCUAUCUACCAGAUACUCAUUGCUAGCUUCAGAUAUUACGCCGGAUGGACCGACAAACUGAAUGGCGAGCAAUAUCCGUCGCACGACGGCUUUUACAGGAUUGUCCAGUUUGACCCUAUCGGAGUGUGUGCGGGGAUUGGUGCCUGGAAUGGGGCGCCAGGAUUUUUUGGCUCCAAAGUUGCUACAGCUAUCGCUGUUGGAUGUACCGUCAUCUUCAAAGGAUCGGAAAAGACUCCGAUUGGCAUGCUUCAACUUGGUGACCUCGUCAAAGAGGCUGGCUUCCCUCCAGGCGUCAUCAACAUUAUCACUGGUCCCGGCUCUACAGGAGCUAUGCUUGCAAGUCACAUGGACAUCAAUAAGAUAUCCUUCACGGGAUCGCUUGCUACUGGGAAAAAGAUUCAGGAACUUUCUGCAAAGAGCAAUCUGAAACGAGUUGUCCUUGAACUCGGAGGGAAAUCUCCCAGUCUGAUCUUCGAUGACGCAAACUUGAACAACGCUCUUCACCACCAUAGCCUCAACUUUCUUUCCAAUAGUGGACAGGCAUGCGUAGCCGCAACAAGAGUUUUUAUUCAGGGAAAUAUCGCUGAGGCCUUCAUUGAGCAGCUGAAGUUUCGGUUUGAACAAGUCUUUCAGACUGCUGGAUCGCCUCUGGACCCAAAGACAGUCUUUGGACCACUAGCCGACAGCAUGCAAUUCGAACGCGUGAUGAACUACAUCGAGAUUGGGAAGCAGGAAUCCGAGCUCAUCACUGGCGGAAAACGACACAGCUACUCAAACAGCGGAUACUACGUGGAGCCGACUAUUUUCCUGAACCCCAAGGACGACGCUCACAUUUAUCGCGAGGAAAUUUUUGGCCCAGUGAUUACUAUCAAGACUUUCAAAACAGAAGAGGAAGCUAUUAAAUUGGCUAACGACACAUGUUUUGGUCUUUCCGCGUGCAUCUAUACUGCUUUGACCAGCCGUGCUCUCCGUAUUGCAAAGCAGAUUGACGCCGGCAAUGUUAACAUCAAUUCUUCUCAGUCAUUUAACAUUGGUGUUCCGUUUGGCGGUAACAAGCAGAGCGGCAUUGGACGGGAGGGUGGACGGCAAGGGCUGAUGCAUUUCGUUGAAGCAAAGACUAUAAGCAUCAAUAUGAAUGUUUAG